GAGCUUAUCACGACCACGUUGCAAGGAACCUUUAUUCAACAUGUCUACUAGCCCAAACCCCAAAGCAUUUCCACUAGCCGAUUCUAGUCUCACCCAACAAAUUCUUGAUGUGGUACAACAAGCUCAAAAUCUCAGACAACUUAAGAAGGGAGCUAACGAGACAACCAAGACUUUGAACAGAGGUAUUUCGGAAUUCAUCAUCAUGGCCGCAGAUACCGAGCCUAUUGAGAUUCUGUUGCAUUUGCCACUUCUUUGCGAGGAUAAGAAUGUUCCAUACGUUUUUGUUCCCUCAAAAACUGCUCUUGGUAGGGCCUGCGGUGUUUCUAGACCAGUAAUUGCUGCUUCGAUUACAACCAACGAUGCUUCUGCCAUCAAAAAUCAAAUCUAUGCCAUCAAGGAUAAGAUUGAAACCUUGUUAAUCUGAGUUCUUAAUAGAUCUAUCUUUUUACUGAAAUAUUAAUCUUCAAUUAUAGAAUGAAAACAAGUAAGUUGGUAUUGUACAUGGUAUCGACAACAAAGACCCUGCAAUGUCAUAAGUAUGAAUAUUUAGAACUCUUUUGAUUCCCGUCAACAUAGUUUUCAAUAGAAUCAAACGGUUGAGUCAGAACAUCAUUACCAGAAUCAGAACCGAUGUCUGACAUACUUUUGAAGCUUUCGUCACGCAUGAAUGUCGAAACCGGAGUCUGGAAGCCUUGAUUUCCCGACUGCAUCAUCGGAGUAUUUGAUUCUGAUCUAGCAUGUGUUGGGAUUUGCUGAUCCACAGUGGCUUUUGGUAAUGGAUGAUCAAAAACUUCGGGCAACUCUGUAUUUUGAUCACUAGUUUUCUGAGAUUUGUUGCGACGAAGGAGGGACUUACCACCAGUGAGCUUGUGCAUAAGUUUAGCUCCAAAAGAAGCUUCUUCUUCCUGUGUGAGUUCCAACGGUUUGUCUAGAUCACUCUGUGACUUCCUGUCAGAGGACAGACCGACGUCAGAGGAAUCCACCAUGGCCUUCAGCUUGUACAUUUCAUUAGCCCAAUUCUCUUGAUGAUCCUUAGCCACCUGUCCAAGCUCAAACAGCUCCUGUGCACCAUCGGGAACAUCAUCACUGAUCUGCUUCUUUUGGAAAGAUGUUCUGUCAUCUUUGGCUGGAGAAAAUCGAGCAUCUGGAUUUUUGGAGAAGAUCGCGAUGCACGAAUAGACGAUAAUCAAAACCAGGAGCAAAAAUGAGAAAACUGCGUUCAGCACGAAAAAAACCAAUCCCAUGAUUGAUCCAACAGCACUUGGUUGACCAAACAACUCCGAAAAAAACAAGAAAAAGAACGAGUUAAUGGUGUUAACAACGCUCAUCAGAAUGUUGACGAUAUUGGUGGCUUUAUCCAGAAAUGGCCUCACUUUAAUCAAAGCAAUGGUGUAUGCCAAAUCUAACAAAAACACAACAAGAGCUUGUGUUUUGCCCGACUUCUGAGCAAGGGAAACAAAUAACGCUUUCACAAAAAGGUAGCUCAAAAACACAGCACCCCAGUAGAACUUUUUCGCGUCGAACAUUGUGUAGAAGAACCCAUACCUGUUGAGGACAUCCGGAUUUCCAUACAGAAUGGCAGCAGCAUUAUUGUGAGUUUCAACAGAUACAGCUCCAAACAUUAAUGUUCUGUAACAGACCCACCCCAUAAUCCCCAAGCAUAAAAGCAAAAAGAUGACGGCAAGGACGACCACUGCGGCCGAGUCGACAACGGUGAAUUCCCAUAAAGAUAGAAUGACUAGUUGGGGAAAUCCGAUAUAAAUAUAUCUUUGCAAAAUACCCUUUAAAAUAACCUUCCAGUUUCUGCUCAGAUCAAUGGUUCUGGACCAGCCUCUUUUUCUUCCAAAUGACAUUAUUGUUUUCCCAAUCAUAAACAAUCCAAUCAAUACAUAUAGGAAUAGAACAAAAAAUGUGAAUCCCGUGCACACAAUAGAAGUGGGCUCGAUGUUUGCCUUAUACCCAACUCUUUCCACGCCUCUCAAUAUCUUUAGGUACUGAUCACCUUGCAAGUUGUACAGAUCGUUUGAUCUAGCUUCCAAAUCCUGGUAGUAGUCCGUUGGGAUUGGAGCCAAUGAAGGCAUAAAAUAAGACACAAGUGAAUAAAACGGAAUGAUCUUGGUUGCAAUUUUCUUACUUUCGUUCAGGGAUCUCUGGACAAGGACUGAAAUUGACGACGAGGUCAAAUAUUGCGUAGGAGUUCCGCCCGUUGCCUGAACAUACCAUCUGAAUAUUUGCUGCAUGAAGGUCACUCUGAUCAAGCCCAUCGACCAGGCGAUGUUUUCUGCCCAAGCACUGACAAUUGGCGGAACCUCUUGAACGUGCAACAUGCAAAGAAUGACUGUACUUUGAAAAAAAGAGAACAAAGACACAGCAUUUGCAGAGAUAAUGGAAGCAGAAGCAGAGUUUCCGAAAACUGAUAAAACUGCUGAGACAAGGAGGCCGAUUCCGGAUAUAAUAGCGGUAGCCCAUUUGGCACCCACGUGAGCGACGGUCUUCUUAUUCGAAAAGCUAGCUUGGAUACAUCCAACCUGGGUAUCGUUACUGUCGAGAAUAAUCACCCGAACAAGAGCGUCGAUAUCAGGAAAUGUGUAGGCAAUUUUCGGGACCAUAUUGGUGAAAUCACUAGAAAGAUAUUGAAUCGAGUUAACUUCCAACGAACCGGGAUACAUUGGGCAAAACUGUUUCCAUCCAAUAGAGCAAAAAUCAACGUUCCUUUCAACAACUUGGAUGCCGUAAGCGUACGCCAUGACCUUGGCAUAGACUUCACCAGAUAUUUCGGAGGUUAAGGAUAUAUCGUACUUGACAGAUCCUCCGUCAUCAUCUGCGGUGAAAACCACAUUGAAAUAAGUUGGCUCUAUUUGUGAGUUUUCCAUACAUGUGACCAGAGAAUUUGCAAAAAGCUCGCGUUUUCCCUCGGUUAACAGAGGGAAUGUAAGCCAAAAUCCUAGAAGUAGGGUUUUUUCAAUAAACAACAUACUGAUCAAAAAAUAGUACCUUGUUAUUUGAAGGAAUGCCAGUUGCCGAAAUGCGUAGUAGAGUUGGUGGACUAGUUGGUAAGCGCAGCAGGUAGUGAAAUUAUA